CCAGUCCCGUCCAGUCCACGCGAGUUGGCAACCAGUCAUCGACACAUCCAUCCUCCAUCCACAAUCCACACCCUCACCGGGCACAAAUCUUGGGGAACCAGGGGCCCUAAUCUGGAACUUUAACUCGUCCAACCGGGGAGUCACUGGCACGGUAUGUAUUGCCCCGAAGGUCCACCGUUGCCCGUCUCGAUCGGUUUCGUCUUAUAAUAACUGGCCCUGAUUUCGCCAUUUUCUUUCUCUUCUUUUUCUCCUACAUGUUUAUACUCGAUCAUCAAUAAUUUACUGAAUUCUCUGAUUCAACUCGGAUUUGUAUGACCCGUCCUUCCAAGAGACUUAACGUCCAGCUACCAACCGCAAUUGCCCCUCAAUCCAGGCCCAGGUUCCACGUACGACCACCAGCAUCUCCAGAUCCACAACAAACCUCCGUUCUUCGCUCCCGUCGUCGUCGCAUAUUGCCUAGACCUGCCCAAAUCAAAGAUCGGCCGCUUUGACUCAUCACACCAUCGGCCUCGAUCCGUUCUAUCCAUACUUUCGGUACGCCAGCAGAAACAGCAGCAACCCCAGCGCCGAGAAGCUAUACAGAAGCGGUAACAGCUUCUACAACCUUUUCACCACCACACCACAUCUUCACAACGACAACAAUGUCGACUCCCAACAGUGACAGCCCGGCCGCGCAAGCCGCUAAGAAGGUCUUCUCUCGUCUUGACCUUGACGGCCACAAUCUCCCGCCAUCACCCGCACCCUCGAGCCCUCACAAUGGCCGAAGAUAUGCCUUGGCCACCGAGCUCGUCUACACCGAAACCAAGGACCAGUAUGGCGCCUCGAGCAUCCCCAUCUACCAGUCCGCUACCUUCAAGCAGUCGUCUUCCAACGGCGGCAGCGAGUACGAUUACACUCGCUCCGGCAACCCGACCCGUACCCACCUCGAGCGCCACUUGGCCAAGAUCAUGAACGCGAACCGCUGCUUGUCCGUCAGUUCCGGCAUGGGCGCUCUCGACGUCAUCACCCGCCUGCUCAAGCCCGGCGACGAGGUCAUCACCGGCGACGACCUGUACGGCGGCACCAACCGCCUUUUGACCUACCUCAAGAAUAACCAGGGCGUCAUCGUUCACCAUGUCGACACCACCAACGUCGAAAGUGUGCGCCAGAUCAUCUCCCCGAAGACCACCAUGGUCCUGCUCGAGACCCCCACGAACCCUCUUAUCAAGAUCUGCGACAUCCCCACGAUUGCGCGCAUCACGCACGAGGCUAACGAGAAGGCUGUGGUUGUCGUCGACAACACCAUGCUCUCGCCUAUGCUGUUUAACCCGCUUGACGUGGGCGCUGAUAUCGUCUACGAGUCCGGCACCAAGUACCUGUCGGGCCACCACGACAUCAUGGCGGGUGUCAUUGCCGUCAACGACACGGAGUUGGGCGACAAGUUGUACUUCACCAUCAACGCCACAGGCUGCGGUCUGUCGCCCAACGACUCCUUCCUCCUCAUGCGCGGUGUCAAGACUCUAGCCAUUCGUAUGGAAAAGCAGCAGGCCAACGCGCAGCGUAUCGCCGAGUUUCUCGAGUCGCAUGGUUUCAAGGUACGCUACCCCGGUCUCAAGUCGCACCCGCAGUACGACUUGCACUGGUCGAUGGCCCGCGGCGCUGGCGCCGUGCUGUCGUUUGAGACGGGCGAUGUGGCGCUGAGCGAGCGCAUUGUUGAGGCCGCGAGGCUCUGGGGCAUCUCGGUCAGCUUUGGCUGCGUGAACUCGCUGAUCAGCAUGCCUUGCCGAAUGAGCCAUGCCUCCAUUGACGCUAAGACGCGCGCCGAAAGGCAGAUGCCCGAGGAUAUCAUUCGCCUGUGCGUGGGUAUUGAGGAUGCCGAUGAUCUGAUUGAUGAUCUGUCGCGUGCUCUUGUCCAAGCCGGUGCCGUUACUCUCACGGUAGAUGGGUUCCACGCUAACACCGCGGAAGGUGCUGCUGCUGCUGCUGCUGGGUCAGAGGCGGCCGAGACCACCACCACUGCUGCUCCCUCUCUUUAAGGAGAGAGAGAAAAAGAAGAAUGAGAGAAAAAAUAUGAAAAAAACAGAAAGAGAAAGAGAACGUUUUAUACCACUUUUGUUGUUACUUUUUUUUUUCGCAUGUCAUGAGUGUUCCUUAGACAGCAGAUAUGAGACGAAGAAAAGAAGGAACGAUCUUUUGAGUUAGUACUGUUUUUGUACCGGGGACCGGAUGUUAUGUGUGUUACAUUUUUAUACCAGAUGAAAGGCGCUAUGGAACGGGUUUCAUAUUGGUCGAAUGAAUUGGGCUGGUCGGAUCGGCUUGAUAGGUGUCACAGAAUCGGAGUCGGGUUGAGAUGGCAUGCAAUGAUAAGAUGACAGGAUGGACAGCCGUCAUCUGAAGAUAAUAUUGAAGAUCAUGACAAAGACCUCCAUCCAUCAAAGGUCAUUUGUGAUAAGCGUGUUUAUAUUUUCGAUCUACCUAUAUUUCCCAAAUCCCAAUUCGAUAAGAA